AGGAAGCGCUUGUCUGAAUCAGGUGCAGCAUCAAUAACACCGGGAUCAUCAUCAGACGUCGCCCUGGUUCUCCCUGGAACAAUGCACCGACUCCUGAUCGUGCUCCUUGCCGCAGUAUGGGCCUCUGUCCCCGGCCUGGGCAGGCUGGAGGUGUCCCCGGCUGCAGGGCCCUGCCUGGCCCCGCUGCAGUGGGAGGGCAGGUGGGUCCAGUACGACCACAGCACCGGGAGGAACAGCCGCUCAGCUGUGUCCUACGACGGCGUGAACCAGAGACUCCGAGUCCUGCAGCAGAACAAGAAACACACCCCGUGUCAGAAGUUUUUUGAGUACAUCUACCUGUACCAAAGCAUGGUGAUGUUCCAGAUUGACCAGAAGACCAAAGACUGCUCAAAGAUCGCUCUGAGCGAGGCCUGGGAUCCCUUCGACAUCCCAGACAACUCCACCUUCGAGGACCAGUACAUCAUCGGAGGCCCCGGGGACAACGUAGAGGUUCAGGAGUGGUCGGACAGAAAGCCGGCACGCCAACAUGAGACCUGGGUGGGCGUCUACACCCUGAAGGACUGCUACCCGGUGCAGGAGACCUACACCAGGAACAGCAGCGUCACCACCUCCACCCGCUUCUUCAACCUCCAGCUGGGCAUCAGCGACCCAGACGUCUUCACGCCGCCCAGCACCUGUCAAUCAGCCCGGCCUGAGAGGAUGCUGGAGUCCUACUGCUGAGCCCUCACCUUUGACUGUAGACGCCUAAAAGGGAUAAUCCCGCUUUUUUAGCUUUUGUGAGAUAAUUGUCUGUUACAAUCUUUUGUUUAAUGAGCUAACACAAGCAGCAUUUCUAUCCUGCAAGAAUACAAUUAAUGAGUGCGAAAUAUUCAACCGUGAAACAAGUGAGAAUCAAAGGGUAACGAAGAUAACCACCAGGUUCAGGUGAAGACCCUGAAACUGUGACUUUAACAUUCAGAGCCCUUAUUAAGUUCCCUUCAAAAUACCACAUUAACAACUUGGUUCAAGGUUUCACCCCCUGGGAUUAUGACUCUUUGAGCAGCAGCUUCAUUUACAAUAUUAAAGACACAGAUUCAAACAUUAGGAACAACAAAACAAACACCAAACGACACAUUCAGUUUGACUAAUCCCUGCACUCCUCUGAAUGAUUGAACAAAGCUUGUGUGCUUUUAAAAAUGUGCUUUUGUUUUUGUAACCAUAAAAAAAAGAAAUUCUUGAUAGAAAAUAGAUUUUUAAUUUAUGUAAUCUGCGAACAAAAAUAGUUCAAGAACUUCUUUUCAGGCGUUUGCACUGUAACCUUUCACUUCUGAUCCUUGACAUGAGAACAAGAUCAGGUUUUAGGACCUCCUUGUGGUUUUAUUCUCUGACUGUAUUUUUUAAAAAGUACAAUCAGUGUACUCUUAAACCUGGUUUAUACUUCUGCGUCAAGGUCCACGUAGCUCCCAGGCCUACGCACGUAGCCGACACGUACCUCCUCCAAAAUGUAACUUUGGGUCAGAUGGAAGCGGACUGAAGCCCUGUAGUGGUAGUGUGUUAUUCAGUCCUCAUCAUAGACUGUAUAAAUAAUGGACGUAGUAUCCGUGACGUCACCCAUCUGUUUCUGAAGCGCUGUUUUGAGGCAGAUCUGCAUCGGCAGACAUAUUACUGCUGUGGAGCGAUUGUGACGUAAAGAGGCGGGCUUUGAGUCUCCUCGCCAACAGCUACAGUGUUCCCGCCUGUCAAUCAAGUCAGCUGUGCCUCUCAUUGGAAGACUCGUAAUCUCAAUAUCUUUGAAAUUACGGUGUUUUUAAAAAAUUCACCCCCCGUACAGUGUGUGAGGAUAGAGCAAUGAGCUAUCCAGACUACACUGGCCAGGCUGUAAACAUGUUUAUUUCUGCUGUAAAGAUCGUCUCCUUUGAAUGGGUGUGUAUGUGGUUUUACGCAGCCUCAAGCAGAUCCUUGAUGAGCUUCAAUUUUUAGCACCUCAAUAUUGGACUCAUAUUUUGAGACCAGAGGUUGCAGCUUAGUCAUCAUACAUAACACAAUAUUUUUUUACAGUACAGACACUUUCAAGAAAGCAUCAGAAGUGCAUCUAGUGAUGACUGAAAAGGCCUAGGCAGAAGCAUAAUGCUUAUUUAAGCCUAGCCUACAUUUUCUCAAAUAAAGCUACCAAGCUUCCCAAGUGUAGAGAAACAAAACAAAACAAAACAAAACAAAACAAAACAUGAGAAUCAUGAACACUUGGAGCCUUCAAAAACUGUGAUUGGUCCGCUCAGGCGCAUAGUAUUUUCCCGGAACCCCCCGCUCAUCUGCCGUGUAUUUCACCUCCUCCUCUCUAUUCUUCCCUGUAAUCAUGUCUGUAUGAUAAACAGCAACAUGUAUCAGCUGUAGAUUAACACGCUCUGAAUCUCUGUGGAAAAGGAAACAGAGAUCAUAGAAGGAGGAAACAGACAACCCGACUAUCAGAGAGACCACACUGCCCUCUAGUGGUCCGGCGGAGUAUUGCUGCGUGACACAGACACAAUGCUUACCUCCACGUUGACUACUGCUGCAUAGGGUCGAUGCAGAAGUAUAAACCAGGCUUUAAUUCAACUCCAGGACUGACUGGUGUACAAAAGAGUGAUGAGUCUGACCUUAUUAAGAUGGGAAAUUUCAGAUUUGAUGGUACUAGUUAAUAAUCAAAGGUUAUAGCACACCAUAUUUAACCACAUGAGACCCAUUGAGAUCAAGACCUCAUUUAUAUGGCCCCAGUCCAAGCAUAGCUUGGCAGCGAGAGCCGCCGCAUCAAGUAGGUGCCUCCCUUCACUGGUGUUUCAUCCAGUUGGACCCACAACACCUCAGGGAGGUCCAACAGUUAGCUCCCUGAACCACCAGCUUUUAUGCUAGCUCUCAGCGCCGUCAUACCAUCAAUCAAAGAGAGAAGAACAGAAAGGAGUCUGCAGAAAGAUGCUAGAAGAAGCUUCUUAUAAGCUUCCGACUGGGUUACGCUGUACGCUGUACGCUCCACUCUUCCAUAGUCAUGAGAGAGGGAGAAAAAGGUUUGAGUGAGAGGACAAGGAAGGCAAAGCCAGGUUAAGUAGCCUGUUUGGACUAAAGCCGCCAACCUCCCACUUUGUUUGGCUGUACCUCCUUCUACUCCCCCUUUCAUGAAGCUAAAGAGAAAAAGGGUUUAACAACAGGACAGGGAGGUUGAACCAGGGUGAGGAGACAGGUUGGGCUGGAGCUUACCCCUGCUGGGUUAGGUGUUGUACCCCCCUGCUAGAUCUCACUCCUGCCAGGUUAGGCUGUAUGCUCUACCUCCCUCUGCUCCCCCAUUCCCUACUGUUCUAAAGGGGUCUAUGUUUCAAGAAAGGUCCACCUGCUGAUGUGGAAUUUUAAAGUGUAAAUACAAACUGAAUUCAACCAUCAUGUGUGGGAUUUCUAAAUUUCUUAUGAUACUGGAUGAGAAGUUGAACCCUUACUGGAGAUGGUAAGAUUACUGGGUCUCUUACAACUUCAUUUAUCUUUUAAACGUCAUUACGGGUACGAGUACAGCACAAUUUACUUUGAACAAACACUGUUAAAGAACUGUAUCUGCUGCAUUAACUGUAAUAAAAAUGAGGAAACAAGA